CUACAAGUACUAGUGCCCACUCAAUUUCGACUCGACAAAGCAACCAGUGUAGUUGUUAUCAAUGCUCCUUUGUAUGGUUUAAAAUUUAAAUGUAGGGAGCAGAGUAAAUAAAAGGUAUCAUGUUUCCUUUGCGGAAACUUCAGAAAUUAUUGUCUAAAAAAUGUUACAUGUAAGGAAUCCUUUGAAUGAUGCUAAGUUGGGGUAGUGGUUCGAUCCUCCUACCUGUAAAGCUAUUAAAGCUAUUCCUCUCCUGAGGUAGAAUGUGGAGGAUAGGUUGAUCUUGCAUUAUGAGCGGGAUGGGAUUUUCUCUGUUAAGUCGGCCUAUCACCUUGUUGUCUCCCUGGAGAAACGGAGUGGUCGUUGGAGGACCUCGGUCAGUUGGAUGGAUAAAGCUAGUUGGAUUCGAGUGUGGGGAGCUAAUAUUCUGCCUAAACUUAAGGUGUUUGUCUGGCAGAUUUUGAAUCGGAUCCUCCCAACUACAGAAGCUCUCAUUGAGAAGAAAGUUUGGUGCUUCCUCGAUGCCCGGUUUGCUGGGAUGCACCUGAAACAAUGGAACAUUUGUUCCUUUAUUGUCCGGUGGCCCGCGCUCUUUGGGAUUAUUCUGGGUUAGAGUACCUUGGUGAGAGUACCUUGGUGAGGGGCUGCCUCGUCAAACUUUUCCUUUAUUCCUUAAAAGGUUGUUGUCCUUAUAAUUCAUUAGCCAGAGCUGGUUAUGCCGGUCGUAGCCCGCCUAGUAGCGAAUAUGGUUAUCUCGUAACUGGGUUGUCUUUGAAGGCAAACAGUAUGGGAUCACGGCUCUUAUGCUUCAGUUUAACCAACAGUAUGAGAGUGGCGCUUUGGGCUUAUAUAGGGCCUACAUCUUCAUUAAGGCGCACACAUAUUCGUUUUAUGAGAGUGGCGCUUGCUUCACCCGGCGUUGGAAGGUUGGUAGUACUGCCGCAUUCAACGUUGAUGUGGAACUGACUAGUGUUGAGAAGGAGCAUGCGUGCCUGAUUUCCCUUCACCCGGUGAACUUAAGUUCCUUCGCCGCUCGAACCCCUGUGCUGCACGAGUAUUAUGCCGAUGGGGAAACAUAGAUGAGCCCAUAUAAGCCCAAAGCCUGAUGGGCUUGAAGCCCAUUAAUGGCCCAUUGAUACUUGACCUGGAUGGCACCAACGGUAAAGGGGGCGCAUGACGACAAAAUAGGCUCGUGGACAAAGAAGUACGGUUGAGAAGGGCCGGGAAAGCACCACGUAGGCGGAUGGUCCCCCCGUGCGCCCUGACACCAGAGUCGGACGAUGCGCCACAUGUAGGCGCUCGGACGUUGGACCAGACCAAGCAUUUAAUGCUUGGCUGACGUAAGGCUUGGUGGCAGGGGUUGGUCGGAGUCUGGUCGAGAAUCUCGAGUAGUAUAAAUAGCACUCGGUAGGUGGCAUUUAAGCAGGUCGGUUUUCUCACACUAAAACCUCUCUCUUCACUUAUCUCUCUAGAAUCACUACUGACUUGAUCGUCGGAGUGCUAACGGGCGGGUUUAGCCCUCUAGGCGUUAGUCUUGCAGGGCCUGGGCGCUUGGUGUGGAGAGAAGAAGGCGCGUUUAGCCCUCUAGGCAGAUGGAAGACUUGAACGAGGGGAAUGCAGGUGCCGACGAUGUGGGAACGGAGGACUCCAGUCAUGAGGGGAGCGAGCAGCGAUCUAGCCCCGUAGUGAGCAUGAAGGUAGAGGAAGAAAGCCGUGAGCGCCCAUCUAUGGAAAGUGAUUCGUUGUCAAAGAGGGAGCUGUUUAAGAUCAUUGCUGACCAAGACAGGGCAAUAGCCAUGCUUCGAAGGGAAUUGGAGGGAGGAAGGAGCGUUGAUACGAGGGAGUACAGCCCCCCGGCGAGAAAACGAUAUAGGCUCAUAGAUGAUUCGGAAGUUAGUGAGUACGGGCGCCCCAACUAUGAAGGGCCAAAUGUGGAAUCGACGCCGCCUAGGCUCCCGGGUGUGUGGAGGGCGCCAGGAGAGUUGGCCAUCCCAGGGCCAGAGGAGCAAAACCCAUGGACGCCUAGACGCUAGACCAGGCGCUUCGGGAUCGGGCAACCCUUAGCGCAAAGCGUGUUAAUGGAACCAGCAGGAACUACCCUCCCGCCUCUGACCAGCUAUGAUGGGGUCACUGACCCGGAGGAUCAUCUGAAUAGCUAUUUCACGAAGAUGCAGUUGUACAACAGCACGGACGCCACGUUAUGCAAGGUGUUCCCCUCGACGUUCGCAGGAGUAGUUUUGGAUUGGUAUCAUCAAUUAGGAGAAGGGAAGUAUUGUGGCACAAACAGGUGCUCAAGGCUAAAAAGUAAAAACUAGAUUAGCUACCAGUAGACUACAUGAUAAUUGUAUAAACUAAUAUUCUGGACGAGUCCUACUUAUUCAAAUUUUAUCUAAAUAUCCUUAAGGACAUGGGGGCUCGGAUCAGACUAAUCCCAGGGGGCCGGGGGCCAUCCUACCUUCGAAGUGGCUCCGCCCCUGCUGUCUAGAAUCACUCUCUGGCCACGAAAUUUGAAAUGAGAGAAUUCCAACCCAUGUUUUGUCUUUAUAUUUUGUAGAUCCGUAUCUUGCAAAUCGGCUCAUUUUAGACAGCACCAAAUUGUACUCACAAUUAAAUUCACAAAAAUGCUUUAUACCUUUAACAACAAACUGUUGGAACUUACACAUAUAUAACCAUUAAUUUGGAGCAUUAUCAUGUUACCGUCGAACUACAAGUGGUUCUCCAUGCAUACACUUGCUUCUUUAGUUCUACAUUCUAGAUAUAUUCAAAAUUGCCACUUUUAAUUACUGGUUAAUAAUCAUAACAAUAACAAAAUCAAUAAUCAUCGUCAUCUUUAAUGGCGGAAUGCGUACGUGACAUAUGAUAUAAAUUUCUGAGAUUCAAAUAAAACCAUCGAUUUGAUAAUAUACUCAAACAGAAGAACAAUAUAAAGCUUCCAUUUCUAUAUGAUAUGAAUUCUUGUAUUUAAGUACUCAAUUUUUCUUGCUCUAAUAAUAUAAAGGGGUAAUUAGUUGGUCGAUGAACUCUGCGUAUUUGGAGGGUUGAAUUUGUUCUUUUUUUUUUUGUACAUAUACUAUGCUUGUAAGACAAGGUCGUAUAGUUCCCCAUUUUCAAGGGCUAUAAAACUGUUUGUCUGAUUUACUAAAAUUUAGGCCAUAUUAUAAUCAGAAAUUUACGCAUAAAAAUUGCAAAAAAAAUAUAUCCACCAUCUAUAAUAACGGGAUACAUAACUG